AUGUGCUCACGAGUAGUGUAAGUUGUAAUUUGUUUUAUUUUUAAAUGUUCUAAAAACUACCGUUCUAAGCCAAAAAGCCUAGUCUACUCUUAUUUUUUACCGAGCUCUAUCCUUACCCUACCCGACGCUACUCUAGCCUGCCCUAACCUAUCCUACCAAAUUCAAAAAACUUUUUAAAAUUAGAACUUUCAUUCAUAUUAUAAGCAAAAAACUAACUUUUAAUCUCUUUCAUAUCAAACUUCAAACUAACUUUAAACUUGCUUACAUCUUGUAUGUUUAUAUAGUAUUAAAACACCGUGAGAACAUCAGAAGCGUUCUUCCCUUUUCCUUUUAUUCUUGCACUCAAAUGUAAAAAAAAAGUUUGGCAAUUUUAAGAUCAUGUCCUGUCAUAUCAAAAAUCGACUACAAUUUUUAUUGUAAUUUUUUUUGAAAUUUUAAUAUUAAGAAUACCCUAAAAUUUCAAUUUUAGCCUUCCCUCCUCUUUUGUCACAAAUUUCUUCAUUUUGAAAAAAAAACUUGUAAAGGGGUAGGCCUAAUUUUUCGAACCGGUUACUUUCUUUAACAUCUGGUUCGUUUUACAAUUUUCGCAAUUGAAAUAUUUUGUUGCGGGACAUAAGAUGGGCUCUGAAGCUCUUAUUUGAGCCACGGCCCUCGAAACGACGUUUACCGGCCAUGCCCGUUUCAAAUUUGCUUCGCCUUGAGCCUAAAAAAUCCCCUUUCAAGUCUAACAUCCCUUCCCUUCCUAUAUGCCCCAUAAAAAAAUUAUUAUCCUUACCCCUACCCUCCUCUCUGCUCCUAUAAAAAAUAUUAUUCUUUUCAUAUAAUCCUCUACCCUUAAAAUGACAAAAAACACCUUUUCCUUACACACCCCUUACCAAUAAAAAAUCUAACCAACCUAAAUUUUUCAGUUUAUUCUCCCUGGUCCUAGUGUGCAUCAUCGCCUUCGUCUACUCGGACUGCGGCUGUGGUUGCGAUUGCGACUGUGGCAGCAACUGUCCAGAUGGUCUUAUCCUAAACUCGACUCGUCGCCGCCGUGCCAACAAACACAACAUUCAACUCACGGAGCUGCCACGCAUUAGCCGACAAACGGCCGAAGAGAAGUUGGCUCAGAUCGAAGGGCAAACCGUUGAGAGAGACCGUACCCCACAAGUGUCUUUGAUUAAGGCCGUGAAUCCAAUGGGACUACGCCGGAAGCCAGCUGCUCCUUCUUCUACUACGCCCGCGACUAUUAGCUCGACAUCUGCGUAA